AUGGGGUACAACUUGUCCUAUGGAAAACUGCCAGACAACACCACCUCACCCAAUGCCAGUGUUGGCUCCCUGGGGAACUCCACACACGACGAGUUCACCACUAUCGUUCUGCCCGUGCUAUACCUCCUUUUUUUGAAUGGCCUCGCAGUGUGGAUCUUCUUCCACAUCAGGAACAAAACCAGUUUCAUAUUUUACCUCAAAAACAUCGUGGUUGCAGACCUGCUCAUGACACUGACAUUCCCGUUCAAGAUCAUCCAGGACUCACAGCUGGGGCCGUGGCACUUCAACUCCUUCCUGUGCCGCUACACCACGGUGCUGUUCUACGCCAACAUGUACACCACCAUCGUGUUCCUUGGGCUCAUCAGCAUCGACCGCUACCUGAAGGUGGUGAAGCCCUUCGGGGACUCCAGGAUGUACAGCAUCACCUUCACCAAGAUCCUGUCAGCCUGCGUGUGGGUGGUGAUGGCUUUCCUGGCACUGCCAAACCUGAUCCUCACCAACGGCUACCCCACCCGCAGGAACAUCGAUGACUGCCUGAAGCUGAAGUCUCCCCUGGGGGUCAAGUGGCACUCGGCUGUCAUCUACAUCAACACCUGCAUGUUUGUCGUGGUGCUGAUAGUACUGAUAGGCUGUUACAUUGCCAUAUCCAGGUACAUCUACAAGUCGAGCAAACAGUUCAUUAGCUCGUCCAGCCGCAAGCGGAAGCACAACCAGAGCAUAAGGGUGGUCGUGGCUGUGUUUUUCACCUGCUUUCUGCCCUAUCACCUGUGCCGAAUACCCUUUACUUUUAGUCACCUGGACAAAAUUUUAGAUGACUCUGCACAUAGAAUCUUGUAUUACUGUAAGGAAAUGACACUGUUCCUGUCUGCAUGCAAUGUCUGUCUGGAUCCCAUCAUUUACUUUUUCAUGUGUCGAUCAUUCUCACGGAGGCUCUUCAGGAAAUCCAACAUGAGAACCAGGAGUGAGAGCAUCAGGUCCCUCCAGAGCGUCAGGAGAUCCGAGGUACGCAUCUACCACGAGUACACCGACGUCUGA